GUACUUGGUCCGGAGGUGGGGGAUGCGCCCGAGGAGACAGUCUCGGCCGAGUGCCUCGACGUGUAUAAAUACAAGCAGUCGGCUUGGUUCUCGCUUAGUCGCUGCGAUACUCGAUUCUUGGUGACGGUCUGUCGAUUCGAGUGUGCCUCGAUCCCGAUUUAUCGCAACUGGUUGUCGUUAUCACGGUCGAUCCCAACCGUCGCGAGAGUACAAUACAAAAGAAACGUAAAACAAACAAAGUGAGAGAAAGUGGCCCAGCAAAGCAGUCUCGCGCGUCGAGUACCAAAAGAUCGCGUGCCGUUCGUCGUUGGGGGGGAAAAAAAUCGUUGGAGAUCGUCGAGCAACACUGUAAUGAAAAAGGACGGGUGUCCGACGUUGCCGGCCUCGACGGGCCGGGCCAGAUUUUCCUCGAUGGUCGUGCAGUGUUAGAAGAGGAACGGUUGGCGCGGUGCUGGCCGCCGCUAUCGGAAAGUCGAGUCGUUAACCUGAAAGCGUUUCCCCUACCCAGGAUCGACGGAAGCGACGCCUAAUAAGAAGUCUCGUCGAAGGAAAUCGCGGAAAAUCGAGACAGUUUCGUCGCCCUGGUGAUCGUUCUCCGAAGAAAGUUUUGUUCUUUUCGUGCGCGUCGCGUUGCAAAACGACGGGAAUACGGUUAGCGUGGUUCGUUCGCGACACGAGACAACAGGACCUCUCUCGGCUCGAGGACGAAGCAAAGGUCGAAACGGUUGACGUCUCUAAGCCGGUCGGGAACGAGUUUCCAGCAAAGGGCUCGACCUAUAAGAAAAGAAAGAAAACGAACGAUCGCGGCAAAAAGCACGAGAAGGCUCGGUUGGCCGGUUUCGCGCGAUUCUCCUUCGGGUCAACGAUCUGUUCCGUAGAUCUCGCGCUCGAGCGUUCGUUCCUCUGUUACCUACCUCCGCGGGACAAGUCCGGUCGACGCGAACACACAGCUCCGUCGGCGGGUAUAUAUACGCGCGUGUUCGUGCGCCCGUAGCAAGGCACGUUUCACGAGGAGUGAAAAGGCGGUCACUCGGUACGCCGCCGUGGCUGCUUUCACCGGCAAUGGAAUAAUGUCGAUCGCGCCUUAACGGUACGCGACUCGUACCUUCCGUAUUUCCCUUCGAACGGACCGACGACCCCCCCUCCGGGAAAAUGAUUCCGAGUCUCAGCUGAGAUCGCUGCGGGAUCAGGUGGUUGCCGUGUUGGGUGGAUUACAUAUCAAUUGUUCAGUGUUCGCGAGUGUUUACAAGUGAUAUAACGGGUGGAUACGGUGAUAGAUCACGAUCGUCGUCUCGUCGCGUAGCAUGGAAAGCAACAUGUACAUCAGCAACGAGCCGCACAAUAAUGGUCACUCGGCCACCAAAUACGCGUCCACGAACUCUAUACCGUCGAUGAUGGAGGAGGACACGUCGUUGGCGAAGCUGAUCGGCGCCGUUGGCAAAAGGGACGCGAGCGCUAUCUUGCGUGACAAUAAGGGAAGGAGACACAGCGUGCUCGAGGACCUGAAGGCGCGUAGGGACAGUCUGUUCCAAAGGGCACGGCGUGGUAGUGUCGUCGAGGAAAAAGAGAACGCGAAAUUGGUGCAGAAAGAAAAGAGACGCGGCAGCGAUGGGGGCAGAAGGGGCUCGGUUUUCUACGUGUCGCAGGAUCUGUUGGAAGAGAAUCCGGACGUUGUCGAGAACGAACGCGUGAAGGCGGAUCUCGAAGGGAAGAAGGGUCGCAGAAAGUCUUGGCAUCCGCUGGCGAAACCUCCGAAAGUCGAUCGCAAAAGGAGGAAGGGCAUCGCCGGUAUCCCGACGCAAGUCGGCAGCGCCGAUGGCCUGUACACGCAAGCCAGACAGAAGAGACCCUCCUGGUGGAAUAUAUUCGUACCUGACUCGGUUGGCAGGUCCAGGCGAAUGUCCCAGGAUGUCACGCAUUCGAGAUCAACGGAAAACCUCACCGCAUCUUAUUUCAGGAGCAAGAGCCGCAGCGUGGAUCACGGAUUCACGACGCCUUUCGAUUUGGAUUCUUUGCGGAACAAGGUCGAAGGACGCUUCGAGUCCGUCGAUAAGCUCUCGAAGGAUUCAGACAACGAGAGCAAAGAUGGCACCGCGCUGCAGGAGAAGAAGCACGGACGCGUUUCUCAGCCCAUCAACACCAUUGUCUACACGGUGGGCGACAGGGAUACGCUCACGUCAGUGGCCGCGAGGUUCGACACAACGCCGUCCGAGCUGAGCAAAUUGAACAGGCUCGGAAGUACUUUCAUUUAUCCCGGCCAGCAAUUGCGGGUACCAGCGAAAGGAGAAGGUCGACCAGGAGGCGGAACCACUACCGACGCGCCCAGUCCGGAUCCUUGCCACGACCACGAGUCCCAGGAUGACCUACCUCCCGAAGAAAAAGAACUGUUGGAUAGUUUGAGGCCUGUGUCACCUAAACCAGGUCAUAUAGAACGAGUGAAAACUCCUCUUGGUGUUACAAAUGCAGUCAUAGAGGAGGAGGAGCAACCGUUUAAAGAAAGAUUCUUAAAGAUCAAUGUUCGACAUAUCACAGAUGGUCAGGGUGUUGUCGGUGGAGUGUUAUUAGUCACACCAAAUGCAGUGAUGUUUGACCCCAAUGUCUCGGAUCCGCUCGUAAUCGAACAUGGUGCCGAAUCUUACGGAGUAAUCGCACCGAUGGAAUUUGUAGUGAAUGCCGCUAUUUAUUAUGACAUUGCACACAUGCGUGUCGGACAUACGGAAUCUGGAACUCUGGAUAAGAAGCCAGAAAUAUAUUAUAUGAAGAAACCCUCGCAAAACGACAACCGGAAGUGUCAGUCGCCGGGAAAGGACGAGACUUUCCCAGAAUUAACGGCGGACGACAACGAGAGUGUUUGCAGCUGUGCUGAAAGAGAUGGAGAUGCUUUUCCAAAGGCCUUUGAGAGAGAUCUCGUUACACCUACCAAUCUUCAGAAUGAAGAAAACACAACGACAACCAAAGAUAAAGAAACAGAGAAAGAAGAGACUAAAGAUGCCUCUAGCGGUGGUCAAGGUAAUAGAACGUUAGAAGAGCGUAGACGUUCUAUGCUUGACCAUCACUGGGCAGUUCCUAGUAAGGAUCGAUGUACAUUAUCGGUAGAAGAUGAGCAGCAGGAUUCGUUGAAUUCUGACAAGGUUGACCCCGCGAAGUCGAAGGCGAUUCCCGAAGACGAAGAAGGAUCUCUAGUCAAAUUGUCAUGCCACGACUCUGGUAUCGACAUUCGUGAUCUCAUUCCCCCUUUCCCAGUAGUUCAGCAUAUCCCCUCAAAGAAAGUAUACUCAGACGCAGAUAUUGUCUUAUCUUCAGAUUGGGUCCCUCCUAUUACUAUUGCACCGACGAACAUUACAACUGAUUCGCUAGACGCUGGUUCCGCCAUUAAUGGUAGGAAGAAGGCGAGUUCGGUAUCUUUUAGCUUAGAGAGUAAUGCGGAGGAACCCGAGAAAGAUGAAGAGCAUAAAGACGACGACAAACAAGAAACGCGUAAAAAUAAGAUGUUAAAACGAUUGUCGUAUCCAUUGUCGUGGAUGGAAGGGUUGACUGGUGAGAAAGAGGAGGAGAAUAAAUCUGGAUCCGACAAAGUGUCCAGCCUUCCUAACAGUGCGGAUUCUCACCAUUCGUCAGUGUUCAGUAAAGUCUUCUCCAGCUCGCCGAUCAACCUGGUGAGUGACUUUAGCUCGGGCCUGUUUGCUAAAACUCCCAGCGAAGAGAGUGGUGGGGGCGGUAGGGCUGGAGGAACACCUCCGCUUACCGCCUCCUCUCUCUCCCAGGACUCCGGCAAUCCUCAGUUCUCACCUGGUCCAGGAGGGUUUAUGGGACGAUCCUCCGUGGGCACGUUCAUCAGACAGCAACCGUUGACUUCGUCGGGCAGCAGCAGCGUGGACAGCAGUCGAGGCAGCAAAACGUCAACGACUGCACCGCGAUUGGACUAUCGCAGCAUGGUCUCCGUCGAAGACAUGCCUGAACUCUUCGUCAGUUUCGACAUCCAAGCACCUAAUUUUCCCGAACUCGAAGGCCUCGAACUCAUACCACGACCGGCACGUUCUUGCGAGGAUCCGCCAUUGUACCUGAGACUGCGAACCGGAAGACCGAAAGACAAGAAGAUUCCGCGUUCGACGCCUAUAAUGAGCUAUGGAAAGAAGAAGCUACGACCUGAAUACUGGUUCAGCGUACCGCGUAACAGGGUGGACGACCUCUAUAGGUUCAUUCACGCGUGGGUGCCAUCGCUCUAUGGAGAACUCGACGAGAAUUAUUGGCGGGAACGGGGCUACAUCCUGUCGGACACGGACACGGACUUGUCCCCCGAAUUGUCGCCGCACGAAUCCGGGGAGGGUGGCGAAUCGACGGAAGAGGGCAAAGCCCGCGUCCAGGACGGCGACGAGAUCUCCGACCUGACGAGAGAAUCAUGGGAGCUGAUCAAGGCCCCCUACGUAAAGCUGUACAGCAUCCUGAAGACGUCGAGUACGUCGGCGGAUUCCGAGCAGAUCCAGGACCCGGAGGUGCUGUCCAUGAGCGAGGAGCUCAGGCGAGCCCUGUACGCCAACAGCGCCAUCUCCUUGGACAAUGACGUGAUCGUGCCGGAUUUGGUUGGCACCACUGAAAUCCUCAGCGAUGAACACAGGGAACAGCUCUGCCGGCACCUGCCCGCCAGAGCGGAAGGCUACCUCUGGACCCUGGUGUUCAGCACCAGCCAGCACGGAUUCAGUCUCAACAGCAUGUACAGGAAGAUGGCCAAAGUAGAGAGUCCGAUCCUGUUGGUCAUCGAGGACACCGAAGACAACGUGUUUGGAGCGUUGACCUCAUGCGCUCUGCACGUCAGCGACCAUUUCUAUGGGACUGGGGAGUCCCUGCUCUUCAGGUUUACGCCCAGGUUCCAAGCAUUCAACUGGUCUGGAGAUAACUUAUACUUCAUCAAAGGAAACAAUGAGAGUCUUGCCAUAGGUGCUGGGGAUGGCAAGUUUGGAUUGUGGCUGGAUGGCGACCUGUACCAAGGCAGGACGCAAUCCUGCAGCACGUACGGAAACGAGCCGUUGGCGCCGCGCGAGGAUUUCGUUGUUAAAACACUGGAAUGUUGGGCGUUCAUAUAGGACACGGCCACCUCCUACACGUUGUCCAGGACUACGCCCUCGCCGCAGCCUAAUUUGACCUGAACUCGAUAGUCUCGUGGAGGUAUAUCAUCCCCAGGAGAGAUCACAGGAAGACUACAAUUUCUAAGAGACAUUACCAGAGGAGAUUAAAUCGAUUAACGGGUUUCUAUACCGGCUGGCUCGAUCCACACUACUGAUAGAUUCUAACGGACCGAGGUACAUAGAACUGUCAGUGUAUAGAGAUUAAUGGAAGAGUUGUGAUUCUGUUUGAGGAACGAAACCCCCAUGAAGAAGGGGGAAAGGCGGGGGAAGCUUUUUUUGAUGAAGAAAAAAAUAUAUAACGCCGACGGAUGCGAUUGUUUGCAACGUCCGGCCAAGAUCGUUGACCCGCGGACUAUUAUAUAAUAAUUAUCGAUUUAUCGUUUAGCCUGUCCUGUUUGUUUUUCUAUAUUAAGUUGGCGUAUUUAUUUUAUUUUUUAUAUAUAUAUAUAUAUACACACACGCGCAUAUAUAUACGUGUUUUCGUUGAAUGAAUCGUUACAAAAAUCUGGUUUUACGAUCGCGUGUCGUUCAUGAUUAUCGGAAGUAUCGACGACGACGGCCAUGUAUAAAAAUUCGUUGCCCCGAUGGCCGUCGUUUCGAACUAGUCGCGAGAAUUACGAUCGUUCGAUGGUCGGUGUGAUCGCAAACAAUACUGGGAGAGAAUGUGUGUAGCGUGAAUGGAUCGGACGAACUUGAUGGACUGACGACGAGGGAGACGCGGUACGUACGAAGAAAUGAUUGAAUCAUGUUCAGAGCUGGGACGGUGAUAAUUACGAAGAUGAAAGAAAACACACGACAUCGUGAGAAAUGUUUAAAACUAACCGUUUGUUGAUGUGUAGAUAAUUGUAGAUAGUAAAUGUAAAUAUAUGUAUUACCAAUCGUAUUAACGGUACAGUUAAUUUUAAAGAAGCAGCUAUUGUACGCUAAUGAAGAAAACAAAAAACGUUGCUGAACCACCACCCGUGUAGCUCGUCUCACGUAUAUCCUGGAAGGACAUGCCCGGCUACAUAUACACACCCGUAUACACAAUUAUACAAGCAAAACACUGAACGAUACUCUGGGAAGCGUGAUCGCAGCCCGAUGUAAACGAUCCAAGAUCUGAGAACAAGUAGAGCUUUAGAAGGGGAAAAAUGGUUCGUACUGAUCAUUUAUGAUCAUAGAGAGGAUCGAGUGAGAAUUGCGAUUAAACUGUCAGCGGUGGCUGAUAUUUCUUUGAUAAACGGUGACAAAACGUGCUUCUUGAGCCUCGAGUGACCACAACGAACACACACGCCUGUGCCUCGCUUCGCUCUCUUUCUCUCCUUCUGCUAGAACACGGUACAAUCCCAGCUGUAGAAGUUCUUGCGUCUAAUCAGAGCCGAGGAAAAGCUCUACACUAUGGUCGUACAAUUACGAACAAACAUCUCGAUUUUUAUGCAGAUGCAGACAAUAAGAGGGAAUAUGUUUGUCCGUGGUAUUUGGUUUUUGUUGGGUCGAUCUAGUUCAUCUGACAUAAAGAAAGAAGAAGGAACGGUUGAUUUCUAUUCUCGGUAUCGUGUAACAAUGAAAUUUCACUCGGCUCUGAUUAACCGCUAUGAAAUUGUUAAUUCACAUACGACCACGAGACUGUUCACGAGCUUAUAGUCUCUAUAUUGUAUUAGGAUCAAUUGACUGUGUCGCCCACCGUUUCUACCACUUUGUAAAACACAAGAUUUCCGUUGUCAAAAGGUGAGGGGACUAGCCUAGUGUCGAGUGAUUGUACAAUUAUUUAGUAGAACGAACGCUAACUAGGGAGAGGAAGUUUUGAUAAUCGAUUUUAUAAAUUGAUUUUUCCCUCGAGAACGAUUUUCUAGCGGCUCCACAACGAGAUGUUACGUCGAAAAGAUAGAAAAAAAAAAAAAAAAUAAAACUAAAGAUGAACACGCCCUUUUAUACCGUAGCGAGUAUACCGUUGCCAUUCCUUCCAUUUUACUAGGAACAGUUUCUAACUUGUGUCGUUUCUACGAUUUUCGAACUUCGUAUUUCUAGGGCUGCUUUUUUUAAAACGUGUUCGUCGCUGAUAAAACAGAUUGUCUCGGUCGUGAUUGUCGAUGCUUAUCGAGGGAAAGGCUUAAAAAAAGCAGCGCGAUGCGAACGACAGAGACACGUUGGAACGGAUCGAGAGAAUCGUAGAUCUGAACGAGACAGGAGUAUCCGGUGCACUGGUUAUGAAACGCACUUACAAAAAAUUGAAUAAAAAAAAACAAAUAAAAAAAAAAAAAUAUGAAACAUUGCCAGACAGUAGAAAAUUCCAUGGAGCACGGUUUCAAACAGAAAAAGAAAAAGAGUGGAGGAAAGCACAAAAAUGUAUUUAAACGUAGCUUAUUACCAGCUUGUUUAGGUUAGUUUUUCGAGUACGUUGAUACACUGAAUGCGACGCGUAUCGAUCGUAGCAUUGUCUAGGACAUUAAAUUAGGCGUCUAGGCGUACUCUUGUGAUACUAAUGAGGUAAAUGAAACUCCUAAACGAUGUAUCGAGUCGCUUCUAGUAUGUGUGUUACUCUGUAACAGUGCUUAUCCUUUCGCGGUAGAGCGAUCGUUCACCUCACGCCGAUGAACUCGUGGAAUCUCGAUUUAAAAGAGCCAAGACAAUACAAAUUCGAAUGCAAAAGGGAAUAGAAAACCGAGAUGCUUGACCGGGGCGAUUUUUCUUUUCUUUUCUUUUCUGGGUUUAUCUUUUUUUUUAGAAAAGGAGUCACAAUUCUCGCCUUCGUGUCGAUUACCACGGAAUAAAUGUACAUUAUAACGAAAUAAAAAAAAAGAUCGAUCAUGUGUGUCUGAAAAAAUAAUUUUUCGUUCAUUUAUUGUUUUUCUGUGUUUCCGUGGUUGUGUUUAAACUUGGAUUGCUAGAUUCUGUCGAAUUAGACGUAAACGUUACGACAAAGUAAUUAUCGUCAUGCUCUUGUCAACUGCCUUGGAGGGAUUCUUUUUCUUCUUCUGAACGAAGCGUAUUCUGUACUGAAUGUAGGAGCAUUUCCAACACACUAGGUGUCGUCUAAUCUAAAAUAUACGCAACUGCCUCUACAAAGAAACUGUAGACGUAUAUUAAGCAUGUCAUGUAAAAUCGAGAAGAGAUUCUAAUCGUAAUUAACGACGAUAUUUCCUGUACGAUCAAUUGCGACAUGUUGUACGCGAGCUCGAACGCUGCAAGUUACCUGACGAUCUUCGAUGCUCUGAUAUAAAAAAAAAAGAAAGAAAACAAGACCACUGUUAGGAAUGAAUUUAUCUUGCAAAAAUUUGGUCAUCCAAGAUCGAUGAUACUUUUUAAUGUGUGUGUUUGAACUGUUUGAAGAUGAUUCUGAACUGUUUGAGCAUGAAACCUUCCUUGUAAAGGAUCACGUUUUUUUUUUUUUAUUUUUUUUUACUUUUUCUGCAGCUCCAACUACUCUGCUCGCAAUAAAAAAAAAAAAACUAUAUAAGAAACAGCUUUCAGUGUAAUACAAAAUACAAAGAUAUCAAAGGCUUAAACUUUGAACAAGAAAAAUAGACAUUUAGAUUCUACAGAAUUAGUUAACAAAAUUUCUGAACUUGGAGAAACGUUCAAAUAUGUAAAAAGAAAAAUUAAUAGUUAAUUUGGGUGAAGCAACAUCUUCCUUAAUUUGGGAAAGACCUAGUUCUAACCUCAAAAUUCUGAUCGCUAGAGAUUUAGGUUCUUCUAUGUGGGUUCGUGAAAAUUAAGUUAUAUUUUGUUAUAGAUGUAUAUUGAUAGAGGCGACAAUGGUAUUAAUGAACAGACAGUCAAAAGAUUCGAAUGGUCGGAGACCGAUUUUCAACAAAUUGUUCCUUGACUAUUGGAAAUGGAAAUUGCAGUAUGCUCAUCUAUCCUGGACACGUUGAAAUUAAUUACUAUAACUGUUAAACAUAGAAAAACAAUCAAUAUAAGCGUAUAGCUUUCUGCGUUCGUGUACGAAAAUGUAGGAAUAGAGAAAGUAAGAAUCUCUGCUGCAAGCGAAGUAAGCUCACACGAAAACUAAUGUAAUCGCAAAAAAAAGUAUAUGUAUAUUCGUAGUUGAUUAGUGGAUGUUAGUGUACCGACAAGAAAAGAAAAAAGAAUCGUAAAAUAACGAUGAAGACGAAGCAACAAAUUACAUGUCGAGACGAAGACCUUUGGUAUACACAUUGUCAAUUAGAUUCAGACUGAUCGCAGGGAUUGAACACGCAUAAAAAAAAAAAACUCGAUGUUUUUCAGUGUUUAGCUAUAUAGAUAUUGUUGUUGUCGUUGUUGAUAAUCGUCGCUAAGACACGAUUGUACGUCUCGAUACGACAUAGCGCGAAGGAACGAACUUGGACAAAAACGAGUACAGAAGAAAGGUUAGGUUCGUCUUUCGAACGCAUAGGUUCUUUAUCGCAGAGUAAUAGUCGAAAACGACAGAAUCAGUGUCAGCUGCUUGGAAAAAUCGAAACUUCGUGCUAUGUCGUUCAAGUAUAGCCUGUUGUACACGUAUAGACAGCUACUUGUACCAAAAAAACAAAAAUAUGUAGAAACGUAGAAAAAACACAAUCGUUCUCAUCUUGUAUCCGAUACAAAUUCGGUAUCAAAUUUUAACUGUUUCAUUAUAGGACGUAAUUUCUGGUAGGAUUGAAACAGAGACGAUUCCUUGUCCAAAUAUAAGUUGAAAUCGUAGCAAACAUUUUCUUUUCCCAAGAUGCUUUCUUAUCAACGAAGCUAACCUAAUAUUUACAUUUGUAUUAUAUGCUUCAAACACUCUCCGACAACAUUCGAAAUCAUUUUUCGACUUAUUUUUGAAGAAGGAAUCAUUAGACUUUCAAUUGUACCCAAAAUUAUGUUGCAUUGUGUGUUUAUGGUUUUUUCUAUACGUUGAGUUCAUCGGUUCCCCAUUAUUUAGAAUUAGAGUAUGAUGUAUAAUUUCAAUAUUUGAGGACAUUGUUUCCCCUUUUUAUUUCGUAUUGUUAAAUUGUUUCAGUGUUUCAUUUUGCAAUUUUUUAUCGUGUAUUUCACUUGCAAACACGAGAUACGUACAAGACUCGAAUCUUUCCUGCGCAAUCCGCGAAACGAUAUUCUAAACACAUUUUUUACACUAUCAGCAUCGUUUCGAUCGAAACACGAUCACAUUCAUCCUCGCGAUUUCUCCAGAGGAAAAUACUUUUUUGUAUUAUUUUUUAACACUUUAUCGUAAUUAAUUGGAUCGUUUUCCUCCAUCGAGUAACGGUUGCUCGGUAAUUUUUGGUCUAACCUAGUCGAUCGAGGUACAAAAAUCGUUUCGAACAUAUGUUUUCACGUUGCAUAAAAAUACGAUGUUAAAGACAUCGGCCAAUGAUAUCAAUCGUACAUCGAUCACGAAACCUGUUCUCCGAUUACGUAUCGAUUCGUGGUACGAGUACCAGACACGAGAAAAGAAAAGGGAAAAAAUGAAAAAAAGAAAAAUCGAAUUCAUCUAGCUCACUCGUCCCAUUUUUCGAGGGGAAAAAACGAAAGAAAAACAUAUCCAUCGUUCGAAAUAUCGGAACACUCUUUGAGCCGUCGUACGAGACAAAAUGGGGGGGGGGUCUAGAGCAAACAGAAAAGUCGGGGAAUCAAAACAAAGGGCCCGGAGCUAUAGGGGGCAGACGAGGACCCCUCGAAACACACAUAUAUACACACACAACUCUCUGGACCAAUGAAUUUUACACUACUAAUUGUACUGUCGCCUAAAUCGCCACUUCCGUGGAAGUAAUUCUCUCCCCGUUUCUCAAUCUUAAAAAACUUAGGGGGCAUCAGCAACCAAAACUAAUCAUUCCCGCGUUUCACGAGCAACAAAAGCAACCCACAACAGCAACACACUGUGUGUCUAUCGUAAUCGUAUAUUAGCCAACUGUAUACCGUGUAUGUUGAAUUAAUCGUACGGACGAGCCACUAAGAAAAACGAGAGA